GAGACCCCAAUGGCAACUAGGAUCCUCAAGACCACCGUCAAGGGUAACGUGGCCAAGGUGAAGUUGGUCCAGCACAUCCUGACUUGGAAAGCAGCAGCACUUGAUGGGGCUCAACUAAACUCCCCUGGCCUCCUGACACCAUCCUGCAAGGUAAGAAUCAUGAAGGGUUGGACCAUCCCACCAUAGUGAGGUAUUAAAUAUUUGCUGUGAUCGGUACUGAGGAAGCUUUCUGCUUCAUUAUGAAGUAUGCUACCAGAGCAGAAGCAUUUGAGCACCUAAUGGCUCACAGCAGUAGGAAAGAAAAAUAAGCCCAAAGAAAUUCUACCAAUAGUGUCUGCUGUAUAAGCUGUCACCCAGAGUGUAUUGUCCAUGAGACAUAAUGGCAGAAAAAGUGCUCUUGGAUGCUGACAUGAACAUCAGAUUUUGGCUGGAUACCUUCUAUGGCAAACCUCUUAUGCUGCCCUGGAAGUAUGACCUGGUGGCCAUGUGGAGUCUGCAGAGUCCUGUGACUUGUAAACUGGUAAAUGGAUCCUUUUGAUGGACAGAACUUCAAGGAGCUGUGUGAGUAAGUGCUGAGUAGUGUGAGUUCAUGUCCAUGGAGAGUGAAACUUACUCAAGAAAUUUCCUGGCAAGAGAGGGAUUUAGAGGACAUUGGGAAGGCUCCAUGGAUGGACGCGGGUCAGGAACAUGCAGAGCUCAAGCAGUAUGUGGAGGACUUCCUGGCUACAAGGACCCGGGGUAAGCUAAGUUCGAGGGAUUGGUGGGUUAGACACAGAAAGAGAUCCGGGCUCGCUGAUGAGCCAGAAGUACAAAAAAAUAAAGCAGUGGUCCCCUACCUGCUCCUGAUUUCUUAAGAGACUGGAGGCAGAGGCUACUCCAUCACUCCAACCCCCCACUUCAGCUGAUCUUACCGACAGUGGCACCUUCCCUAUCCCAAGUGACAGCACAUGGACUGUGCCAACCCCAGGUAGCAGAGUUGCUCCAGCCUUCUUCUCCCCCCCUCUGCUGCUACUCUGCCUUGCUCAGAGGAGCAACACAGAUCCCAAGGAGGGUUGGGAGACAGGGUGGAAAGCCAGUGGCACAGGCAAUGCUCCUGCCAGCCCCUAUCAAGCCUGUGGGAAAAGAAGGUUGCCUGGUCCCCUCCUGAACACAACCUCUGUGCCCACACAGAUCAGAGCAGGAACUGCAACUUUGGGAGAGCACUAACCUUCGCCAGACAUCCACCCAGAACAGCAAAGAUAGCUGAACCACCCAUGGUCUGGGGCCUCUGGGACUUUGGCUCCCCAACACGUCCCCAAUCUCCCCGACCCACACCUGCUCUCGGAAUCCAAGUCUGGGCCACACCCCAGCUAGGAAGUGCCAUUGCCCAGCAUAGACUCCCCUACAAGAACAUCCACGCAAGCACAGAGGCUGUGUGGACACAGACUGGGCACCAGCAGCUGUGUGGGGACAGUGGAACUGGAGCCAUGAGACAGACUGUUGGGCAGGGGACUUCAGAAUGAAAAUGCAGCUCUGGGGGUUGAUGGUCUAUUUGGUCCUUGGGACACUGCAUUUUGAGGGGUCCAGAGGAAAACGGGCAGCUGUGGAUCCUGAAGCAAACAUGAAUGUGAGUGAAAUUAUCUCUCACUGGGGGUUCCCUAGUGAGGAGCACCGAGUUGAGACAGAAGAUGGAUAUAUUCUGUGCCUUCACCGAAUACCUCAUGGGAGGAAGAACAAUUCUGACAAAGGUCCCAAACCAGCAGUCUAUCUGCAGCAUGGCUUGCUGGCAGAUUCCAGUAACUGGGUCACAAACCUUGCCAACAGCAGCCUGGGCUUCAUUCUUGCUGAUGCUGGUUUUGACGUGUGGAUGGGGAACAGCAGAGGAAACACCUGGUCUCGGAAUCACAAGAGCCUUCCAGUUUCUCAGGAUGAGUUCUGGGCUUUCAGUUAUGAUGAGAUGGCAAAAUAUGACCUACCAGCGUCGAUUAACUUCAUUCUGAAUAAAACCAGCCAAGAACAAGUGUAUUAUGUGGGUCAUUCUCAAGGCACCACAAUCGGUUUCAUAGCAUUUUCACAGAUGCCUGAACUGGCCAAAAAGAUUAAAGUGUUUUUUGCUCUGGCUCCUGUGGCUUCAGUGGCUUUCUGUACUAGCCCUCUAGCCAAAUUGGGACGAUUUCCGGAUCUUCUUGUUAAGGACUUAUUUGGGGACAAGGAUUUUCUUCCACAGAGUACAUUUUUGAAGUGGCUGGGGACCCACAUUUGCACUCAUGUCAUUCUGAAGGAGCUUUGUGGAAAUCUCUUUUUUCUUAUAUCCGGAUUUAAUGAGAGAAAUUUAAAUAUGUCCAGAGUGGAUGUAUAUACAACACACUGUCCUGCUGGAACUUCUGUGCAGAACAUGUUACACUGGGGCCAGACUGUUAGAUUUCAAAAGCUUCAAGCCUUUGACUGGGGAAGCACUGCCAAGAAUUAUUUUCAUUACAACCAGAGUUACCCGCCCACGUACAAUGUCAAAGACAUGCUGGUGCCAACCGCGGUCUGGAGUGGUGGUCAGGACUGGCUCGCCGACGUCAACGACGUCAACAUCUUGCUGACUCAGAUCACCAACUUGGUGUACCACAAGCGCAUUCCCGAGUGGGAGCAUCUUGACUUCAUCUGGGGCCUGGAUGCCCCUUGGCGAAUGUAUAAUGAAAUUAUCGAUCUAAUGAGGAAAUACCAGUGA